UUCACUAUUUAGUGGAUGUACUCAAUGUUCUCAUCCCCCUACGAUGUGAUGCUAUCACUAAUUGCGUAAGGCAGAAGAGGGAGGAAGGGACCCCCCACGUGCGCUUUCCUUUCUAGGAAUUCAAUUUUUAAUGCUUAAUUUUAAACUUCUACCAUUGACGUCCUGCAUACACUCAAUUUAAAGUUAUUAUUAUUUGAAGGGAAGAAAUGGGUGGUGAUAGUUUUUACAAACCAACUUCAAUUGGGUGUUGUAAAUUUCAAUUUCAAUAUAUCCCUUUAGCGGUUCUUUUGCUUAUUCAAUCUAAUUGUGUGUCAUCCUCAAUCUCUGUGGAAUACUUUAACUGACUUGAAUUGAAUUGAAUUGAAUUGACUUCAUUUGUUUGAUUGAUUGAUUCGAAUUGUCCUAUCUAGUUUGACAUUUCCUACCUUCAUAUCCCAUCCCAUCUCAUCCCAUCCAACAUCAAUCCCAUCAAUAAAUACCAAGGAUGAAAUUCGGUGAACAUUUAAGAAAGGCCCUCAUUAAAGAUUACAGUUUCUACUAUAUCUCCUACGAUGAUUUAAAACAUCAAUUAAAAAAAGGUUUAAAAGAUAAUGAUUAUGAAUGGUCUAAUGAAUUAGAAGAAGAAUUUCUUAAUUCUUUGGAAGUUGAAUUAGAUAAAGUCUAUUCCUUCACUAAAGUUAAAAACACUGAAGUUAAUCGUCGUAUUAAAGAAUCUGAAAAGUUUGUUUAUGAAGUUGUUGAUGGUUUACAUAAAUAUCAAGCUGAUCCAUCAUCGGUUAAAAAUCCACCUCAAGAACAAGAUUUUGAAGAAUUAGAAGAAGAAGUUAGUGAUAUUAUUGCUGAUGUUCAUGAUUUAGCUAAAUUUACUAGAUUAAAUUAUACUGGAUUUCAAAAAAUUAUUAAAAAACAUGAUAAAAUUACUAAAUCUAAUUUAAAACCAAUUUUUCAAGCUAGAUUAAAUGCUAAAGCGUUUUAUAAAGAUAAUUAUGAUAAUUUAAUUGUUAAAUUAUCUAAAUUAUAUGAUUUAGUUAGAACUAGAGGUAAUCCAGUACAAGGUGAUUCAUCAGCUGGUGGAUCUCAACAAAAUUUCGUUAGACAAACAACAAAAUAUUGGGUUCAUCCUGAUAAUAUCACUGAAUUAAAAUUAAUUAUUUUAAAACAUUUACCUGUUUUAGUUUUUAAUGCUGAUAAAGAAUUUGAACCGGAAGAUUCUGCCAUUACUUCAAUUUAUUUUGAUAAUAAAGAAAUGGAUCUUUAUUAUGGUAGAUUAAGAAAAGAUGAAGGGGCAGAAGCUAUUAGAUUAAGAUGGUAUGGUGGUAUGAAAUCAGAACAAAUCUUUGUGGAAAGAAAAACUCAUCGUGAAGAUUGGACUGGUGAAAAAUCAGUUAAAGCUAGAUUUGGAUUAAAAGAAAAGAAAGUUAAUUCAUUUUUAACUGGUGAUUUUACUGCUGAACAAGCUUUUGAAAAAGCAAGAAGAGAAGGUAAAAAAUCAGUUCAAGAAAUUGAUAAUUUAGAAAGAUUAGCUAAAGAAGUUCAAUAUCGUAUUUUAAAAGAAAAAUAUAGACCAGUUAUGAGAUCAUUUUAUAAUAGAACUGCAUUUCAAUUACCAGGUGAUGCCAGAGUUCGUAUUUCUUUAGAUACUGAAUUAAGUAUGGUUAGAGAAGAUGAUUUUGAUGGAUAUGAUAGAACUCAUGGAAAUUGGAGAAGAAUGGAUAUUGGAGUUGAUUAUCCAUUUAGUCAAUUACCUGAAAAAGAUAUUUGUCGUUUCCCAUAUGCUGUUUUAGAAGUUAAAUUACAAACUCAAUUAGGUCAAGAACCACCAGUUUGGAUUAGAGAAUUAAUUCAAUCCCAUUUAGUUGAAGCUGUACCUAAAUUUUCUAAAUUUAUUCAUGGUGGUGCUUCAUUAUUAACUGAUUUUGUUGAUCUUUUACCAUUUUGGCAUACUCAAAUGGAUGUUGAUAUUAGAAAACCAAAACUUCAACAAGAAUAUGGUAUUCAAAGACAAUUACAUCCUCAUCAUCAUAUUUUAAAUGGUACUUCAACAUCAGGAGGAGAAUUUGAUGAAGAAGAAUUAACUGGAUCAUCAUAUACUGGAGUUCAUUUUUCCAAUGAUAUUAAUCCAUUAGAAGAAGAUUUAGAAGAAACUACCCCAUUAUUAUUACCAAAUACUUAUACUAAUAGAACUGGUGAUUCACCUGUGGUUACAUUCUUUUAUCAUUUAUAUGGGAAAUUUUUAUAUUAUUUUAAUGAUGAUAGAACUUUUACAGUUAAACCAGGUAUAAAUUUUGAUUUAAAUACUACAUUUAAAGAUAAAUUACCAAAAGGUAAAACUAUUGCUAUUCCAAUUAGAAUUGAACCUAAAGUUUAUUUUGCUAAUGAAAGAACGUUUUUAAGUUGGUUAUCAAUUGGUAUGAUUUUAGGUGCUACUGCUACUGCAUUAUUAAAUUAUGGUACCAGAUCAAGUUUAACUGCUUCGAUUGGAUUUUUCAUUACUGCUUUAUUCACAUUAACUUAUUCUACUUAUAGAUAUCUUUGGAGAGUGGUUAUGAUUAGAGAAAAGAAUGCGGUUCAAUAUGCUGAUAAAUUUGGACCAAAUAUGAUAUCAUUAUUCAUAUUUUUAGCAACAUUUACCACUUUCCUUUUUAAAUUCUUAGAAAAUUAAUGAAUCAAAUCAAAUCAAAUUUCUUUCGUUGUUACUUUCUUUUUUAUUUCAUUACUCAUUAAUAUUACCUUUUAAAAAAAAAACUCUUUCCACUUAUCAUACUUUUAUAUAACAUACAUACAUAUUUAUGUCUUAUCUUUUACACUUUUUACACUAUGUUAAUUAAAAAUGAAAAUGAAAAUAUAUAAUAUCAAAUAAUAUAUCGUACUAAUGUGAUGCAAUUGAGUUAUUAAAAUAAAGUAAAAUAAAAUAAAAAUACUCCAUUGUAAUAGGCUACAGGAGGGAUAUGUACGUACUGAUUGGAUUCAUGAGGGUUUUCCGAUAUUAGGAGAAUGGCUUAAUAGUUAU